ACCUAAUUACUCAAAAUCCACUAAAUCAAUGGCUCUAUUAUUCCAUUAUCAUGCUAUAUAUUUCGAUGAUACUAAUGAAGAGCUACAGUCUUGAAACAAGAUCGACAUGAACAAAUUGGUACUAUUUGUGGUGGUUCUGCUUUUCGCAGCAUUGGAGGCCAAAACUCCAGAGUUCAUCGAACUUGCUAAAAAACUUCAUGAAGAAUGUAACAAGAAAAGCCCAAUCACCCCGGAAGUGGUGGCCAAAGUGAAAAAAGAUGCUCAAAUGGAUGAAAAUGAUGAUGCUCUCAAACAACAUGCCCUGUGUCUUGCAAAAACUGGCAAACUGGUUGACGAGAAUGCAAACAUUCAGAAUGAUCUUAUUCGGACCUACUUGACUAAGAUGGGGUUGGAAAAAGACGUGGUUGAGAAGGCUAUCGAGAAGUGUAGCAAAGUAGAGAAAGGAAAAGAUGAAGCUCUCCAUGUUGUCCGAUUGCAUAACUGUUAUUACAAGAGCAUUCCUUCAGAAUACAUUAUUUUCUAAUGAGUUAUGUGAUCCAAGAUAUAUUCAAUAAAGAAGCAUUUUAGAA